GCUCCUCGUACGCCGUUAUCUGUUAUACCACCUGCUCCUGAGAAGGUGCGAAUACGUCGAAAGGGUGCGCCGACUGUCGAGGUAGCACUGCGGCCUGCCGAAACCUCUCCCGGCCACAAAGAGAAUAACGGAUUAUCGCCUACGACUGAUGAACUUCUGGCCCGAUUACAGCAGUAUUAA